UAUUUGCCGAGUCCCUGAUAGGGAUGGCCUCUACCCAUGUGGGACUGCCCAGAUUACGCCCCUUUUAAUGCUUUGCUCUAAAUCAGAUACCACAAGACGCAUAAACUGCCCUUUCUGUGCAGUAUAAUCCUUCCCGUUUCAGCAGCUGUCCCCAGGAGGAAGGGGAUGUCCAGCAGCACAUACGGCAUCAACAAAUGCUAAUUCCUUUCUCACUGGCUGUUAGUGGUGGUGAAACACAAACCAAAGGGAACCGCGCUUGAUUUUCAGAUCCCAAAUUGACUUUGCAGAGCUGACAUUUAGAAACACCGCCAUACAUUUGAUCUGGAAAGCGCUGAGACAUCACAAAUAGGGAACCCUACAAGGCCCUUUUUUCAGGCGUGCUCUCAAAGCGUAACUGCGUCUGACCGCAGGACGUCUCACAGCAGAAUUUCUUCAGCACAGCAGGAUCAGUGGCUCAGGAAAACCAAUGUAUCGUGUCGUCCUGCGUGAAAUAAUUAGGAUUUAAAAAAAAAAAAAAGAACAAGUGAAGAAUCCUAACGAGCAAUUUUAUUUCUGCCGUGGACAAUAAGAUUAUGAUCUUGCACAGGCUUGUUAAAGCCUUGCUGUGAAAAACUGAGUAUGGCUUUAAUAGAGUUUCUUAAAGGUUUAUAUAGUGAAGGUUUCCAGAGGUACUACAAAAGCAGAACAUCCUUUUAAUUUCCUUCCUUAUAGUUAAAACUGGACUUCAGUAGCCAUCUGUUCUUAGAGACAUUCAAAAGAGGAUGUUGAGGCUUAUAACAUUGAAAUACCCAAGUGUAGAAAGGACGACCCUCUGUAGAAACAGGAUUCUUUAAAACGCUCCUAGAAAAAGUUGGUAUAUGGGACUGAUCGGGUGACAAUUGGAUACAUGGAAAAGAUAAAUGACAAUGACGGCAACCCAAGCAGCAGCCACCAGGCCCUAAAAGGAACUGCCAGAUGGGCUGCGUCACUGGAGAACCUCCUAGAGGACCCAGAAGGAGUUAAACGAUUUAGGGAAUUUUUAAAGAAAGAAUUUAGUGAAGAAAAUGUUUUGUUCUGGUUAGCAUGUGAAGAAUUUAAGAAAACACAAGAUAAGAAACAGAUGCAAGAAAAAGCUAAAGAGAUUUAUAUGACUUUCCUGUCCAGUAAAGCUUCCUCCCAAGUCAAUGUUGAAGGACAGUCCCGUUUGAAUGAGACAAUAUUGGAGACACCUCAUCCUCUAAUGUUUCAAAAACUCCAGGACCAGAUAUUCAAUCUCAUGAAGUACGACAGCUACAGCCGCUUCUUAAAGUCAGACAUAUAUCUAAAACAGAAGAAGUCUGAGGAACAGGACGAGAAUUCAUCAGAGGCUCAAUCUGCAGCAAAAAGAGCAUCAAGAAUUUACAACACAUGAUCCAAAGAAGUCUUUUAGGACAAGCAAUGAAAAAUUAACUCAACUCUCAGGAACAGUCUUUGUGUUUAUAACAGUUGCAUUUAAAGCUUGAAAAAGCACAACAUCCUUUUAAGGGAUACUUACCUUUUUAAUGGCUUGAAUGACUAAUUGGUUUUGCAUGAUAGCUAAUACCAAACACCCCUGAAACAACUGUUUCCUAAACUGCAAGGCUGGGGAAUUCCUAAGUAGCAUGAAUUACUUUCUGCAUUUCACAAGUUAAAAUGCUUUCCAAAACUUGCAUUUUUGUGAGGCAUCACAAAUGUACAACAUGGAAAACAGGGUUGCUUUCGCCUUUUGAUAUUUUUUUACCUUUCCUGCUUAUAUAUUUGUGAAUUAUUGGAAGCAGAUAUGGAGUAGCAGUGUAAGUUACUUUCUGGAUGAGUCAUUCAAAGAUGAGUUUACUGAUUAUCAUUGCAGGGCCAUAUCGUUUAGGGUUAAUUCUAAUAAAACCCAAUUUCUAACCCCC